UUGUGUUAUCAAGUAUUCAAAACGAAAGGAAUUUUAUAGAAUGUAUUCCCUAGUGUUCAUUGUGGGAUUAGUUUCCAUUUUUGGCAUCAUUAAUACUGACAAAGUUUCACCCCGACCCAGCCUUAAAUCCUUCAGAGACGACUAUGACAGUGUCGCUAAAACCUGUGUGGCUGUUGGAUAUGUGAAAGACAACUGUAAAACUAACCGGGACAAAAAAAAUAUGGUAAUAGCAUUCAAUGCCAAAGCCAAAGGAAGUGUUCAAUCAGUAAGUGAUGGUAAUAUUGUCAUGUUUGGAGAAGUCGAUCUGAAUGUAGGAGGUGGUUACAACGCGGUUAAAGGAACUUUCACCGCUCCCAAAUCGGGAGUGUACGUCUUUGAUUGGACAACAAUGACGAACAAUAACAAAAUUGCUCACACCUCACUGGUCUUGAAUGGUAAAAGAAGGGCAUAUAACCAUUGUAACAACAACAACCAUCAUAUUAACAUGUCAUGUAGUAAAAUGGCUGUCGUCAGAAUGGAGGCAGGAGAUAAGGCUUGGAUUGAUAGCUAUUCAGGAGCAUCAUCUGUUUAUCACAAAUACUCUUCUUUUUCUGGCUACAUGUUGUAAAUGCGAAAUAGAGAUAUA